AGAAGUGUUAUGGAAUUAGAACAUGACCCUUCUCUCUCUAGUGCUUGCAUAUGAAGUACACGGUGAAACAACUAACAACCACAAAUUAAACUAUGAACACAAAAGACCAUGAUUUUGUUUCAGUUUCAACAAGACAAAAUUUAAGAAAACAUGGCAAAGUCAAACAGCAUAAUAAAAAACAAGUAAGAAGAAGGCUUCAUACUACUAGGCCUUAUCAAGAGAAACUUCUAAAUAUGGCUGAGGCUAGAAGAGAAAUUGUUAGUGCCUUGAAAUUUCAUAGAGCAACUAUGAAACAAGCCAAUGAGAAACAAGAAGAAGAAUCACUAGUACUAUCUCAUUCUAACCACUCUUCCCAUCUUCCAAAUUUUGAACAAGAUUUAAGGUUCAAGUCUAAGAGAUAUCCUAGGAUUUAUCCAUCAUGCACAACCAAUUUUUCAUAUUCUUCAUUCUCAUCCCAUCCUUCACUCUCACUUCCAAAUUCUCACUCAUGGCCUCUUUCUUCUUCAUCAUUUUCUCCACCUCUUGUGGUUGCAAAUACCAAUUUUACCCUCCCAAAUCACACAUUGGGAUUAAACCUUAGUUUAGAUGAUGAUUUCAACAAUUUAGAAGCUACCUUUUUACUUCACAACAACAAUAACAACUCUUCAUUGUGCUCUUAUUCAUCUCAAACAUCAUCGUCUCCUCCACUUUCUUUAGCAAAUGAUUGCCAAGUUCCUUCAAAUAGAAUAUCACAAGGAAAAGGAUUUUCUUCAAUGGUGGACACUAUUGAAACAAGUGCUACAACAACUCAAUCAAAUGAAGGGGGAUUCCAUGCAUCCAUGGAUGAUGAAGGUAUGGAAGAAAUGAGAUCAAUAGGAGAACAAUAUCAAAUGGAAUGGAAUGACACAAUGAAUUUUGUCACAUCAACUUUGUGGUUCAAUUUCUUGAAGAAAAUGGAACAUGAUGUAUCACCACAAGUGAAUAAAGAAGAUGAUGCAUGUCAUCAUGUCUUUGAUGAAUUGUUUGAUGUACAAGAGAACUAUUUAGAAGAGUGGUCAGAGGAUUACUUCUUAGAUCUUAAUUUUCCUUGGUAAGUUCAUAACAUAAAUUUUAUGACUUUUGAAAAUGAAAAUUUUGUCAAGUGCUUUUUUUUUGGUACUUCCUCACUUGUCAAAUAAAGUUACAAAGACUAUUAGUGUAACUUUGUUCAAAUCUUCUCCUAACAUAGUCAAAAAUCUUUUUUUUUAAUUACUUCUAUUUUAUUUAGGAUCCUCUCCUAUGUUUAUGUCUAUAAAUUGAAACCACUAAAAUUGUUGUAUGAUGCAAUAUUAGACUUUUAGAUUUUUCUCUUCAAAUUUAAUGAUUUAUGUAGCACAAUGCAACAUGGGUGAAAGAUCUAAGUCUAGAGAAGAUUUACUAAUGUUGGAAAGAUAAGGAAGAAUUUAAAUGAGAAGGGGGCCAAGAAAUAAAUGUUGCAUACAAUCAAGUCCCAUAAACAAUUGCAUAUGCAUUUUUUCCCCUUCUUUUUGGGGUCAUUUGAUGUGAAUGACUAUUCUGACAAAACAGAACUGUAUUGAAUUCAA